AGUUUGACUAACAUUAGCGUUUAGUUGGCGGCUUCGGUUCAUUCUCUAUUCCAACUACCACCCUCACCAACCACCAUCCCGUCUGUAUUUGCUUUCUCUUCGAUAACCUCGAGUCCGGAUCAAUGGAUUUAUUGGAAGCCAAGGAGAUCCAGGUCGGUCUGGCUGUUACGGUUGUUGUCGUUGUUGCUACCGCAGCCUACUUUCUAUCCUCCAAGAAAUCCAAAGGGAGUAUUGAUGCCGAAAAUUUCAAGCAGUUCAAGCUUGUGAAGAAAACGCAACUUAGUCAUAAUGUGGCCAAGUUCAGAUUUGCCCUUCCUACACCUACUUCAGUGUUGGGACUUCCUAUUGGACAACAUAUAAGCUGCAGAGGUAAAGAUAGCCAAGGGGAAGAGGUUAUUAAACCGUACACUCCAACUACUUUGGACACUGACGUGGGAUAUUUUGAGUUGGUUAUCAAGAUGUAUCCACAAGGAAGAAUGUCCCACCACUUCAGAGAGAUGCGUGAAGGUGACUAUAUGGCUGUAAAGGGACCUAAGGGGCGUUUCAAGUAUCAACCUGGCCAAGUGAGAGCUUUCGGAAUGCUUGCUGGGGGAUCUGGAAUCACUCCAAUGUUUCAGGUUGCUAGAGCUAUACUAGAAAACCCAAAGGACAAGACCCAGGUGCAUCUCAUUUACGCCAAUGUCACUUAUGAUGAUAUCCUUCUUAAGGAAGAAAUUGAUGCACUGGCAACUAAUUACCCUACCCGUUUCCAGGUGUACUAUGUAUUGAAUCAGCCACCAGAGGAAUGGACUGGUGGUGUUGGUUUCGUAUCAAAAGAAAUGAUCCAAGCCCAUUGCCCUGCACCAGCAUCCGAUAUUAAGAUUCUAAGAUGUGGUCCACCACCAAUGAACAAGGCUAUGGCUGCUAAUCUAGAUUCUUUGGGAUAUUCUUCCGAAAUGCAAUUUCAAUUCUAAACCUGUUGAGAAGGGCUUCUACAUAUUGUCCCAAUUCAGCAUUGUCAUUGGUUCAAGCGGGAAAGACAAACGAAACAAUUUGACACAACACUUUGUGCUUCGAGUCUACUAGUUAAUUUUCAGUGUACCGUAAUAAAGUUUUUCCCAUUGUACUUAACCAUUAAAACAUGUACUCUAUUUGUUUCUCGUCUCAGCUGUUCUUUUGCAGCUCUGGCAGAGUCCGCAUUUAGCGUGUACUAGUUUUACAAAAAAACCAUUCGAACCCUUUCUUAACUCUUUAAGAAGAUAUACGUGUGAGUGUCUUUGUUA